AUGGGGCCAAAGAGAUCGCCCCCGACAAUCGUGCCGACGGACGAGAUUGCGCCCCUGCAUCUGUUCGACGAUACGACGACUCUGCGGGGCUUCACGCUCAUGUGGACCUUCAAGUUCGAUGAGGUGCUGGACGCGGAUAUGCUGGGCGAUUCGCUGUCUCGGCUCUUCCAGAUGGAGGGCUGGCGGAAGCUUGGUGGAAGGCUUCGACGCAGACCCGAUGGAUCAGCUGAGAUUCACAUUCCGCGUCUUUUCACAGAGGGGCGACCGCCGCUUCACUUCACAAAAGAGAGCUUCGGCAUGCGCAUUUCAGAGCACCCAGAAGCAUCCAAGCUGCCAAGUGCAACAGACAAAUUGACAACGUUCCCAAGCGCUCGAAACUACCAAUCACUAGCCCUUGGACCGGGAGCACCCAAAUGCAUCGACGAUUAUUUUUAUUCCGAUCACCCGAUAUAUGGCCUCCAUGUCGUCAAUUUCACAGACGCAACCCUGGUUUCCAUCAACUUCAACCACUGCGUCAGUGAUCUCGCCGGCCUCAUGGCCGUCCUAAACGCAUGGCAGCUCGUCUUGGCAGGCAAACCCGAGGCCGUACCUCCGUUCAAGGGCUUUUUCGAGGAUACUAUGGCUGGACUCUACAAAACAGAGCCAACAGAAAAGUUCGUGCUGGCCGACAAGCAGCUCUCGGGCUUUGGACUCGCUUCGUUUGGACUUCGACUCAUUUUUGACUCAUGGUGGAACUCCCCUAUCGAAUCGAAGCUUGUUUGCAUUCCGAAAAAGAUGAUGGAUGCUUUUAUACAGGAUGCCAGAAACCAGAUUUCGAAAACAGAAGAGGCCAGCAUCGCUGGAAGCUUGCCCACAUUUAUCAGCGAAAACGACAUCAUUGUCGCACUGGCAACGAAGACGAUGGCGAAGAACAUAUCACCUAGCCGCCCUCUUACAGCCCUCCAGGCCGUUGACCCUCGCAGCCGUGUCAAGUCAGUCUUUCAGCAAGACGCCGCAUACGUCUGCAACGCCCCGGCAGCAGCCUUUGUCCAGUACACCAACCAGGAAGCCGUUGACAAGACCAUUGGCGAACUAGCACUCGAAAGUCGAAAAGCUCUCCUAAGACAACUCACCGAGGAGCAAAUGAAGGCCGUCGCCGCGCUGGCAUACAAAUCGAUGGGGGCCACUGGCAACCCCCCCAUGUUUGGAGAGAGCAACAUGGCCUUUCUCGUAUUUUCCAACUGGAGCAAAGCUGCGUUUCUAGAGACGGUGGAUUUCAGCCCAGCGAUUAUCAAGGGUGCAGAGACGGUCCGCCCUGAUGGGAAGCAGGGCCGUCCAGUUUAUUACCAUUCACAAAGUAUAGAGACGAGUAGAUUUUCCACAAACGUCAUUGUUAUUAUGGGAAGAGAUUUGGGAGGCAACUUUUGGCUGAAUGCCGAUUAUCCAGCGCAUCACUGGCCGGCAUUGUUGGAGCAACUGGAGCGAUAUGCAUAG